AACCAUUGCUUGCAUAGACGAGACAUCGAGCUUCUCUGUCAACCGACUGUCGGCUCGCCGUACUGCCUUCUCACCUCUGUCGCGGGUCGCCCUAGCGACGCUCAGUAAGACACCUCGCUGUCGACCCGUCCCCGCUUUCAUUUCGCCUGUCUUGCAGCGUCGCAUUGACCCGGACCCCAACGUUGAGCCAGUUCUCAAGUGCAAGAUGCCCGCAGCCAUACAUAGGGGAUAGAACAGCGCAGACCACUAACUUAUACGCAUUCAUUUACAUAGCCAAACCUGCGAAAGUAUUGCACGCCAUUGGCGCUUCGGCGGCGGCAUCAACGUCUAUCGGGGCCCCCCAAACUCUGUGUUGUCGUGCUGACCGGCUGUGCCAAGCUCCUACGCUGAGCCUACGCUACUCGCUCACCACCACAGCCUGGCACGCCGUUUUUCUGGCAAACACCUCCCACUUUCCCGCGCCUCAUGGCCUAGAGACACCCCAGAUGCUCGUCUUGCCCCUACGACGAGUCCGCACACCACUAUAUCCAGGCGCAUGUUGCAAGUAAACCCCGCCCAGUCUGAUCGCCGCACAGUCGCUUUCGCGCCGUCGAGAUCACGACAAAACACCCGCGGCUUUGCCGGGACUCGAUGACAGAACCAGACACAAGAGCAAACGCUCUCCGCACACCAAUUAUCUGCUGUCGCCUUCUCUUCCCAUGAUCUCCCGCCAUGUCGUAUCCGCAGCAGAACUACGGUCAGCAUCCGUACGGCUACCAGCCGGCGCACCAUGAACGUAAUAGCAGUCGCAUAAGCUACAUCCAAGGCGAUGACGGCGCCAACCUCUACGGAGCGACAAAUGGCGCCCAGCAAGACGAAUACGCGGUUGGUCUGCCUCAUCGCGUCUCGAGCGCCGCCGCGAGGCAGCAAAGCGAGCUCUUCUACGACAGCGCACUACCACCCGCCCCGCCGCUGAGGAGUAACUCGGGUAACGUCAACACCUCGUACAACCCGGCUGCCUUCUCGCCCACGAUACAACAAAGCCAUUACGGCGCGGGUCCGUCAAGCCCGGGGAUAAUUCGAUCACCGACCUUCUCAGCUCAACAACGCCCCUAUAAUCCCGCCGACUAUGCAGAAAAUCUGCUUGAUCGCACUGCAAGCUCCGCUGGCUACCAGCAUGGUUUCUCGCCUGGUUAUCCGACAACUGCCAACCCCCAGGCUAGCAUGCCGGCGAUGCCUUCUCCGGGCCUCUAUCAACCUCAUCAUUCGUAUCAGACGUACACACAGCCUCAUAGACCAACCGUCUCCACAGCCGCGCAGUACUCCCCCAACUCCUCCCAGCGCAGUCAUUAUACCCCACCUCAGCCGCCGCCUUUGCCUUCGAUACCGAGCGGCGAGUCUCCCUCCGCCGAUUGGGGCCACAUCCCCCAGCCUCAGUCAACCUCCUACUCCUCCGCUGAGGACCCCAUCCGCUACUCAUCGUUUCGAUCUCGAUACAGCGAACCUGACACCUUGACAACUGCUGGCUAUGCUUCGACAUCUGUCUCACCACCACCCGCCUACGGCGGCAGUGGAACCCGCUCGAGAGGCAGCUCGGCCUCACAUUCCCUCCCACCUACUCCAGGACCGCCUCCACCCCCGCAUGGUACUCUCACACAGCACCGUUCCGCGGAGUAUGUACAAGGCCGUCCUCUACCGCGCGUACCUUCCGAUGCAUCUUCAUCGCAAAUCAGCUACUUCUCAUCACAUGGACCUUCGAGAUAUGACAGUCGCUUGGCUGAGGGACUGAGUGCUCAGCAAGACUUGGAGAAUGAGAUCUCUGGAAUGCUCAUCUCGCAAAGUCCGAGGAUCGAAGUCAACAAUCAGGCCAUAAAUGGAACGUACAGUGACGAGGACACCGACCCGGAGGCUACCGCUGGCGUUGAAGCCAUGCGUGAAGCGGAGCGGCAAGAGCAGGCCGAUGCGGCGCGACGCUCAAGUGGGCAGAGAGGAAGCUUUGGAUGGCAUCCUGUAGCACCAGCACCAGAACAAGCUGCUCCUGUCGAACCGCCAUACCCUUCGGACAGCGACAGCGACAUUCCCUACGCAGAUCUGAGCUCCAUGGGUGGUGGCUUUGACGCGCACAUGUCUUAUGGCGUUGAUACGAACAGCUUACUUGUUCGCCAAAGUUCCACAAGCGAUGCACACAGUAGGAGCCAGCCUAUCUCUUCGUCCGGAAGCAUGCGGCGCUCUGGUACACACAGCGAGACGGAAUUGCCGUACGACGAUUACGGAAACCAAAUCCACCCGUUUCCGUCCUUCUCCGCCGCAAGGGUCGAUGCUGUAGGUACUGGUGGCUUGUCGGAUCCAACUCAGUUUCGCAGUCGACGAGAUAGCUAUGAUGAGGGCGAUGACUUGGGAAUGCAGGACUUGAGUUAUCCGGCUGGAGGUGAACCACCAGAUAUGUUUUAUCACCCCGGAAUAACGAAUCGCCCUCUUCCUCCUCCGCCAGCGAACGAAGUGCAACAUGCACGUGGAAGCUCAUUCGGAGGCAGCUCUGGCAGUGUUCCUUAUCCAACGGGCUGGAGGAACUCGUCACAGGUUGAAUUACCAAGACAGCCUCCGUACUCGACUGGCAAUAACUAUUAUCAAUCGCCCGUCACUGGUCCCGGACGGCAUACCUCGCUCAUCAGCCACACGAACACGCCUCAGACUCUGGCGCCAAUGCGCGCAAAAACUGAUGCUGAAGAACGUAGAAGAAGGGAUCAACGGCUCUCUGGGCAGUACGGGGUGGAUAGCAGCGCUCCGCCGUCGGCUGGUGCAAGUGCAGUUGCACUGGACCUUCCAACCUUGGAGAGGAAAUUCAAUCCUUCCAAGUUGCGCAGCCGAGAUUACGAUCGAUGCCAGGAACCUUGGGCAUUGAGUUCUCUUGUGGCAUGGCUGAAAGCUAUGGUAGAAGGUGAACAGUACCUAAAGAAGCAGCCGCUCAUAGAUGCGCUUGUCGGACUAUUCGAGUACAAAGUCCCGACGAUGAAGAGCGCGGAUGCAGAGACAUUAAGCGCGAAUAUCAUUGAAGAAUUGCAAGUCGGAGGAAUCCUGAAGCCGGAGGAGGAGUGGUUCGUAUUCACAGAUACAUUCAUUAGCGGUGUUGUGUACCAACUCACUGGUGUCGGUUGUUAUGCGCCCAGGGUACAUACGAACAAUAGCAUGCUGAGAUGCUACUCACAUCACUGCCAGCGCAUGGAAAAGAAGAUUGACCUUUCGUCUCAACCGGGACUGAAGCCAGAUGAGGACUGGGCGACGUACUACAAGCUCACCAAGGAAGAUUUGGAAGGCCACGACAAGAAAGAAAUUGAACGCCAAAAUAUUCUGCACGAGCUCGUACAGAAGGAGGAGAAUUACUUACAUGAAUUGGACGUUCUACGCCAGCUGUAUCGCGACAAACUAAAAACGGCGGCACUUCUGUCUCCAAAGAAGGUUGACUCCUUCCUAAAUCAGGUCUUCGGCAAGGUUGACAUGGUUAAACGUGCAAACGAAGAACACCUGCUACCGCAGAUGAAGUAUCGUCAGAAAGAACAGGGUCCCUGGGUUGUGGGUUUCAGUGACAUUCUGCGAGAGUGGAUUCGUAAAGCCAAAGUCGCCUAUAUCGAGUAUGCGUCCAGCUAUCCCAAUGCAGUGUACAAGGUUCGACAGGAGAUGGAACGCAACAUGCUCUUCCGCACGUUCUUGGAGAAGACUCAGGCAGAUCCACGAUCGAGACGUUUGGGCUGGGAUCACUAUCUUAAAGUCCCAAUCACGCGCCUACAGCAGGUGGGCCUGCUUCUUGACACCGUCAUGAGGAGGUCGAUGCAAGAGAACGAAGAGAAGCGGAAUCUGGCCUUGGCCAUUGAGGAGAUUAAGAGUGUAACUCACGAGUGCGAUGCACGCGUCGGAGAAGGACAGCGGAAGGCAGAGUUGAUCGAUAUGCAGUACAAACUUAAGCUACGGCCGGGUAUGGAAGGUCGGGUCGAGCUGAAUCUGGACCACCUAGGUCGCCAGCUCGUGCACAAGGGCGACGUACUCAGGAUCGGAGGCACCAGGUUCAACUGGGUCGAGACGCACGCCAUCUUAUUUGACCACUACCUAGUGCUAGCGAAGACAACGCGCGAACGGAGUCCACAUGACUCAAGCACAUAUGAGCGUUAUGACGUCUCGCGCUUCCCAAUUCCUAUGGAUCUGCUAGUGCUUGAGAGCAGGGACGACUCGCCGGUCAUUCGAUCUUCUCUCACUGGUAGAGCGGGCGUCGCGAAAAUCCAGGCUGCGGAUCCGAAAGCGACCAAGACUACACAAGGAAGCCCUGCGCCAGGGCAGCUUCAGCACAGCAAUACGUCAACAUCGCUCAACUCACUCACGACCACAAAGUCGAACGCGUCCGGAGCUCCAACGGUAACCUCACUCGAUACGGGUAAAGACACCGACAGAAUCCUGUAUCCUUUCCGGUUGAAGCAUCUAGGGCAGGAGACAUAUACUUUGUAUGCUUUCUCCGAGCAGGCUCGCGAAGAUUGGUGCAACAAGAUCAUCGAGGCAAAAACAAAGCAUGCUGCCGCCCUGUUUGCGCAGAAUGCCGAGCCUUUUAAGCUACGCGUGAUUGCCGAUUCAGCAUUCGCGUAUGAGGGGCCUAUAACAGGUCAGAAAAGCAUCACGAUCAAGGGCACUCCUCUAGAUCGUGCCAUACGCGAGGUUGAGAAGAUGUAUGCAAACACCGGGCGGCCCGGCCCAGUUUGCCGUGCUAGAGUGAAUUGUGCAACAUCGUUCCAGCAACCAUAUGGAAAGCAGAUGGUUGCUGUAGGUACUGACUUUGGGGUGUACAUUUCUGAGAUGGACAACCCCCGUGGUUGGCAACGGGUCAUCAGCAACCCGAAAGUGACCCAGAUAGCCGUCCUCGAGGAAUUUUCUCUCUUCUUGUUGAUCUCCGAUAAAUCUCUCAUAGCUUAUCACCUCGACGUUAUAUGUCCCGUCGGUGGAGUUCCUCCAUCCAAUGACAAUUCGCGCCGCGCGCCUCAGAAACUCUCGGGAUCUCGCGAUGUUGGCUUCUUCAACACGGGUCGGAUGAAAGACCGUACGCUUGUGUUCUACAAAAAGCGUGACGUGGGUGUGAGCAGCACUUUCAAGGUGCUUGAGCCCGUGUUUCAGAAGAGCACCGAGAAAAAGAAUCGUUUUGCCAGCGCGCUCACAGCCAAGUCCGGUAAAACCGAGUUUUUCAGAGACUUCGACGAGUUCUACAUCGGCACUGAGUGCAUGGGCAUGAACAUGUUUCAUUCGACGCUAGCGAUUUCGACACAGAAGGGCUUCGAGGUUAUGACACUCGACAAGAAGCAGCCCGUUUCGAUUCCAGACCUCGAACAACCACACGUGUUAGCCAUAGCGCAGAAACUGCAAGGUCAGAAGCCUUUGGGCAUGUUCCGUCUGUCGGACCAGGAGUUCCUCUGCGUCUACGAGGAGUGCGCCGUGUACGUGAACAAACACGGGGAUAUCUCUCGGUCGGUGAUCAUGGGCUUCGUGGGUAAGGCAAAGGCGGCGGCCAUGUACGACAAAUUUGUUCUGUUAUUCGACAAUGAUUUCGUCGAAGUGCGUAACGCACAGAACGGGCGUUUGCGACAAGUGAUAUGGGGUCGGGAUGUGAAAUGCCUCGACGACGCGCAAGGCGGCGUCGCCGCGCAGAGUGUAGGAACAGGGCAAGCUGGCAGUACCCCUGGCCGGACUGUGAAGUUGAGCAUGCAGCAUCCUGAGGUUGAGAGGGUGCAGAUUGUGGUCGAGCUGGUCGUCAACGAGGGACUGAAGGAGUAGAGAUUGGCAACUAGGCGUUACAGCAACGUCGUAGAUGGAAAGCUAAUCCAAAACUUAAAGGUAGAGAGUAUUUGGAUGGAAAACAACGAUUCUCAGUCGUUUUCCAAGACCCCCUCGACUGCGUAGAGGGAUUUUGGUGUUAUGAUGUACACUGCGUUGGAUGGCGGGAGGCUCAACAUCUCGAAUCUUCCUUUCUGAUGGAAGAAUACAUCAUUUUCUUGGAGUUUGUGGAAAAAAUUGGUGGGGUAAGGAGGAACUGGGAACGACAAGGGGGGCCUUUGGAACGAUAUGAUACCUCUGCCAGUUCACGGCUCCGGCUCCCGGGCGCACACAGUAUAGGUGUAUGAAGCGGCAUAAUCCGCAAACAUUUAUGUUUGCCCCAUCUCGUCUUCUAUGUGACGAAAAUGUUGAGUCGACAGUGGACUUACUUUUUAGCUGAGUUCACGAAGCUAACUUCAAGUACGACGAACCCGGCCCGUUCGCGAGUUCCCAACUCCGCACGUUUAGACGAAUCUCGUUGGUUCACCCAUCCCGCACGCAAUAAAUCACGUGAUAAUUAUCGAGCAAGAAAAGGAGACUGGGUGUGGAUAUUGGACUACGGUGGCUGGAAUCCUACGAACCUUGCGUGUUGUGGACAGGUGGGAGGUGCUCGAGAGACUGAAAAUGUUUGAGAUAAACUACAGGAUGCUAUCUUCCUAUUUGUAUCUUUAUUUUUAUUUUCUAGAUCCCCUUGAUUGACCCCAAGCUUGCACUAUCCUCCAUAGAACUCAGACUCUUACAUUGGCCUUGCAGAACGCGCAUCAAUCCUGGGAAUUUGGAAAGAAGCAACACUGCUAGACGUUGCGGAUUUGUCCUGGACGAAGUGGGCGAUGUCUCCCUUGAUGCGGCACUGUCGUCUGUUUUGCCACACGGCUGGUGCUCAUGUGAGCGGUGGAACUAUAUAAAAGAAUCGUCGCCGCGAGAGCUUUGGAGGACCUUGGUAGCUAAUAUCGGGUCAAAAGGCCCACGAGGCGCGGAGUGGUCCUCGAAUAGAAGCAAAGAUUCAUGAACUUUAAUCCUCGCGGGCUGAAGUGCACAAUUCGCAGCACCA